CGUUUGUCCCUACAUUAGUAUCUGAAAAAUCAGUACCUGCAAUGGAUACUCUUACUUUUCUUCAACUGUGGUCGCAAGAACCAGGAAAGAUAUCUCUGUUCAAUCCCUUUUUAUUCUGUUUUGUUUUAGUCCUUUCUUUUCUGCUUUUAUUUAAACAUAAAAGAAAUACUCACAAACUAAACCUACCACCGUCUCCACCAACAUUACCCAUAAUUGGAAACCUUCACCAGAUGAGUGCACUUCCUCACAGAACUUUCAGAACCCUUUCUGAAAAGUAUGGUCCUUUAAUGUUUCUUCGCUUAGGCCAAGUUCCUACUCUUGUGGUUUCUUCUUUAGAACUGGUUAAAGAAAUUACCAAAAACCAUGAUAUUAUUUUUGCAGAUAGGCCUACUUUGACUGGUGUAGGUAUCGUGUUGAAUGGAAGCCCUGACAUGGCACUUGGCCCUUACAGCGACUACUCAAGGGAUGCAAAGAAGCUUUGUGUUGUUCAACUUUUGAGCAACAAAAGAGUUCGACAGUUUCAAUUUAUAAGAGAGGAAGAAGUUGAGAAAAUAGUUGAAAAGAUUCGCACUUUAAGCGUUAAUGGAGCUCCAAUUAAUAUGACUGACGUGCUUAUGAGUCUUGCACAUAAUAUAUUAUCAAAAUCAGCCUUUGGUUCCGCAUAUGAAAAUCAAAAUGGUAAGAAUAAGAGUUUCGACAAAAUGGCAAGAAAGACAUUGGAUCUUUUAUCAGCUUUCUGCUUUAAAGAUUUGUUUCCCUUCUUGGGAUGGAUUGAUCAUCUUACUGGAUUAGUUAGAAACUUGAAAACGCUUACACGAGACUUAAACGAGUUCUUUGAUCGAGUGAUCGAAGAACGCGAGGCAUUAAUGAACGAUAAUGAGAAAGCUGAAGAUCAGAAGUACUUAGUAGAUAUUCUUCUUUAUCUUCGGAAGGAGGGGCGCGAGCUUGAUAUCUCUAAAGACAAUAUCAAAGCAAUACUUCUGGACAUGUAUGUAGGAGCAAUAGAAGCAACAGCAGGAAUGAUGGAAUUUAUGAUGGCGGAGCUGGUGAAGAAUCCAAGAAUAAUGAAGAAAGCUCAAGAAGAGGUAAGAAGAGUAGUUGGAAAGUCCAAAUCAAUGCUUACUGAGUCCGAUGUAAAUCAAAUGGAAUAUUUGAAGUGUGUAAUGAAAGAGACAGUAAGGUUGCAUGGAUCUCUGAUAAUACCUCGACAAACGUCAGCAAAUGUUAAGCUCAAAGGUUAUGACAUUCCAGCAAAAACAAGAGUAUUUAUUAAUUUGUGGGCAAUUCAAAUGGACCCAACGUUGUGGGAUAGGCCAGAGGAGUUUUUGCCAGAGAGAUUUCUUAAAAGUUCAGAUGGUUCUAAUGAAGAACAUAAAAAGCUGUUACUUUCAUUUGGAACUGGAAGAAGGUCUUGUCCUGGAAUGACAUUUGCAUUCGCAGAACUUGAAUAUGUAAUAGCUAAUUUGCUGUAUUGGUUUGAUUGGGAGAUGCCUGAUGAAGCAAGAGCAGAGGAUUUGGAUAUGAGCGAGCUUUAUUCAUUUGUUAUUCACAAGAAAACACCUCUGUGGGUUGUGGCAAAUUCCUAUUGUCCUUGAUUUGGGUGGGAAACUGCAUUUGUUUGUACUGUUUUUCUCUUCCUUGAUGUUGGGUAACUAGAAAUCGGAUUCAGUCCGGUCCAAAUAAGAAAUGUUUUUCGUUUUCAGUA